AUGCCAUCCGACUCCACAUCACAGUCAGAGCAGGCUCACCAGCGCGGCAGCAGCAACAAAACCUACCAGCACCAGACUGUCGACUCGACGCUCAAUGCACAUACACCUCGUCUGCAAUCUUCCUUCACGCAACAUCAACCUCUUCAGCACACUCCUGGAUCCUCGGACUGCGCAAUUCCUGACAGUCCCCGCACCUCUGCACGAAGGCCUUGUCCAUUGAGUCCAGAUCGGUCAGGUAUCCCCUUUCGAUCCGAUUAUAGCCCGGACUUGGCAUUGACAGCGAGUACGGCUCGUGCGAGCAGCAGCAGCGAUCUGGCACUGUUCAGCUCGGACGAUCAGCUGGAUUUGGGACCGCGCAGGAGUGGAGGUAGCAGUUACAAGCGAGCCAGAACGGCAAGCCCUGCAACAACUGAAGAGUUGGAGGCAGAAGCAGAAGUCGAAGCUGGUGCAGGAUCCGAUUUCGCAGAUUCGGAAGGGAAUAGCGUUACGAGCGGUACGGCUGCUCGAACCAGACUACCCACUCCGCUUCGGGUCGGCUUCGCCAAGCAAUCUAUCGGCUCCAUUGCUCCUUCACCAGCAUCUACUCCCCCGUUUCACUCCUCCACUAGAAGCUCCAAUUUGGUGUCUCGCAUGUCACCGGACGAUCAACCUUCGCGCGCUCACCUUACCAGUGAGGACGUCGAAAUGGCUGACGAUCAAAGCGCACCCCUCGCAGCUUCAAGUGCACAACCUCCCAGCACACUUCCGACCAUCGAGGGUUCGCUUCCCACCUACACCGAUGCCAUGCAGCAAAGCGUCAGCUGUCACACUCCUGCAGAGCCCGGCACGCCAGCAGAAGGUACACGCGCGGAAGAGUUGAGGAAAAUAAAAAAAUCGGCUGAAGAGCCUUUAGCGGAGGGUCAGAGAUGGUAUCUCAUUGAUGCUACUUGGUGGGCUGCUUGGCAGGCAUAUUGUUCUGCGGAAAGCAGUGCACCGGCUCAGCCUCUGGGAGAAGCGAUCGACUCGUCUCGUGUGGGCACCAAGCCGGGUCCCAUCUCUGCUCGCUCAUUGUUGGAUGUUGAGGAGGAAAUGAAGCUGCAGCUCUUCGAGGGAAGCGACUUUGUGCUCUUGCCCGAGACUGCCUACGCAUCUCUAUCCACCUUGUGAGUGCAGUCUGCCAGUUAGCUCGCUCAAUCUGCUCCUCACUGAACCCUGUUGCGAAAUUGCGCAAUCAGAUAUGGGGAAGCAGGGCCGCAAGUCGUACGAGAAGUGAUCAAAGGGGCUGCUUCAGAGCUGCGCAUAGAGCUAUACCCCCCGCGCCUGUACCUAUAUCGACUCGCCACUCCGGCAACCUUGCAGAGCUCAGCUCGCCCGCCCGUCAAGAUCACCUUGUCCGUGACGUCCAACGUCAGUCAGCUCAAAUUCGCAGCAAAGCGAGCCUUCUUGAGCGAAAAUUUGCCCGAUCAUGCUGUCCGCUUUUGGCGCAUCCCUGCUACUGCGUUUGGCAAUGCGCAGACGACUGAGCCGGUGCUGGUCGAUGCCGACACGUUGAAGACGCCAGGCGUGGAGCUAGUACGCGCAUCUGAAGAUGCUCAGACUCGCACACGGCCCAGUCUAGCGGAGCUGCAACUGGACGAGCCUGUCAUUCACCUCGCGGUCGAGUCGCAGUCGGAGCGAGGUGCCUGGCAUUUCGGCGCAGACGGAGUUCCGGUGGCUGUUGCUCCUUCGGUCAAGAAUAUCUUUGCCCAACAGCCCAAUCAGGAUUACCUUUCGCAGAGAUUCGGUCAGGCCUCUGCUUCUGGUGCGGCUGCUGCAUCCACAAGCAACACCUCUGCUCCGCCUGCGCCGCCUCCUCGACCUACGAGCUCAGCUGGGCGCGUAACUCGAUCGCAGACGGCUCAAGACAGAGCAAAUGCGGCGGGCCUUGGCUCUUAUGGUCUCACGGGUCUUUACAAUCUGGGCAACACCUGCUUCAUGGCAUCGGCGCUGCAAUGCAUGUCCAACACGAAGGAGCUGAAGGAGUAUUUUGUCCGAGGAGUGUACAAGGAAGAGAUCAACACGGACAAUCCCCUCGGCAUGGGAGGUGCGGUAGCGCGAGCCUUUGGAGAAUUAUUGCUCAAGCUGUGGUCCAGCUCUAGAGGAUCUGCUGUACACCCCCGCGAAUUCAAACAGACCCUGGCUAGGUUCGCGCCGCAAUUCUCUGGCUUUGCUCAGCAAGACACGCAGGAGCUGUUAGCUUUUUUGCUGGACGGAUUGCACGAAGAUCUCAAUAGAGUCAAGAAGAAGCCUUACAUUGAGGCGCCCGAUUGGGAAGGUGGAGAUGAAAAGGCCAUGAUCGCUUUCGCAAAGAGACAGUGGGAGAUAUACAAGAUGCGAAACGACUCGGUCAUCGUGGACUUGUUCCAGGGUCAAUACAAGAGCACGCUCGUCUGUCCAGAGUGCAGCAAGGUGCGUUCAUUUGCGUGGUUUGCAAGCUUUCCAUGCGCGUAGAGGGCUUUGUGCUGAGCUAGCCCGCGUACCUUUUUACAUCUCUCCCCUCCCAGGUCUCUAUCAAGUUCGACCCGUUCAUGUAUCUGACCCUCCCCAUUCCGAACCGAAAAAAGAUCAUCCGUAAAGUCUUUGUUCGGCCCUUCGCGAGCACUCGGCCUACGUAUGAGGUGAGCGGGGCAUUAGUAUGACAUGCUGCUUGUCCGGGUUGUGCGCUCACAUUCUUGUCUUCUCCAUGAUCUCGUCUUUCGAUCAGGUUGAGGUUGCUGGUCCUGCGGAAUUAACAUUUGGCCAGACGAAGACAAAGCUGGCCGAGUGGCUUGGCUUGGAUACGAACCGGGUAAGUUCGGUUUGGCCUGAGUCGUCUUGUAUACUUGGGAAACCUCGCUGAGCAAGUCAACCUGCCCUUGCUCCUUUUCCCCUCCCCUCUCCCUUUUAUUGCCCCUCAGCUGUUCUGCGUCGACAUCUUCAAUCAGCAAAUUUUCAACUUCAUUCCGGACUACACACCACUGAGCAGCAUCACAGACAAUGACUUUAUGACGUUCUACGAGCUAGGGGCCGAAUUCAAGCAUCCGACGCGAGAGGCGCUCGAGUCUGGUAAUGCAGGUUGGAACAAAAGCAAGGAGGCGGGUCCGGCUCCGCGUGAAGAGUACGCCACCCUUCCCAUCUACCGCAUAGCUUCCUCGAGCGGCCGGGCGAGAUAUCCAGAUGCCGUGGGCUUGCCUGUCUUUGUCACCAUCCCAAAAGCCCACGCGAACGACGUCGACUUUAUUCGGGACGCAAUUCUGGAUCAGUAUUGCACGUAUGCUACACCAGAAGGAAGGGAUAUCUUGGAGGCCCACAUGUCAUCCUCGGGCAGCCAAGAUGCUGUGACAGCGAAGCGCGAUGCUGACGAAGCCAGCCCUUCGGAAUUGCAUGAGCAGCAAACGUCAAAUGCAGAGCAAGACGUUGUGCAGCACGUCGAUCUUUCAUUGUCGCGACAAAACCCUCCAGAUCAAGUGGCAGAGAUCACCUCUGAUGGAGUCAGGAUGGUACCUGAUUCGUCGACGAGCGCUGAAGUCAAACAAGCUUCAGAGCAAGACUCACGCAAUGCCCAACGGCCCGCUCGGCGGCUCUUCAAGAUGACAUUCUUGAAUCGACUGGAGGACAAUGCUCCGAUGCCCAAGAAGCCCGGCAGUCUGGACGAUGGUGAAGAGCUCGAAGCUCGAGCCAAGCGUCUCUCGGAGCGAGUGCCCACCGCCAGCGAGGUGCCUUUGGAGGAUGCAAGCGACGGAGGCGCCCCGUUCGCCAGUCGCAAGCCGGAUCCGGAAAUCGAAGUCGACGGGCAGGGAACCAUUUGGCCCCUUGUGUACACAGGUGGAGCAGUCGUGUGCUCAUGGCCCGAAGCGGCAUACCGCGCAGUCUUUGGGGGGGAAACGACCAAUCAAAAGGUCCCGUGGGGACCUCACGAAACGUUCACGGACCCCAACCUCGUGGCGGAACGAGAGGCAGCUCAAGCCAGCGGUGGCCCUCCAAAGCCCAAGUUGGUGACCAUCGAAGACUGCCUCGACGAAUUUACAAAGGAAGAAAAGCUGGGCGCAGAAGACCCAUGGUAUUGCCCCUCGUGCAAAGACUUCCGCCAAGCCGCGAAGAAGUUCGACCUUUGGAAAGUGCCGGACAUUCUGGUGGUGCAUCUGAAACGAUUCAGCGCAGGCCGAAUGCAGUCACGCGACAAAAUUGAGAAUCUCAUCGACUUUCCCAUCGAGGGUCUCGACCUCACUGAACGAGUAGAGGGCGCCCUGUCUGUUCGUAAUCUUGAGGCGCGGGGAGAAGAGGUGCCGAGCGUCAUGAACAUGGCGGAGAGCAUCGAAAGCCUGGCUAGCGAUGCCAAUGACGAUGCGGUCGCAGCCGACGCGCCCAUAUACGACCUCUAUGCUGUCGAUAACCACUUUGGCGGUCUGGGAGGUGGACACUACACUGCCUACGCCAAGAACCCCGACGAUGGUCAGUGGCACUACUUUGACGAUUCGAGCGUCACUCCUGUCGCGGACCCAGAGUCUGUCAAGACAAAAGCCGCAUACUUGUUGUUCUAUCGAAGACGGACCACCAGACCAAUUGGCGGAAAGUCGCGCGAAAAGACCGAGAUCGCUUCUAGUCGCGCGCAAAGCGAGGCGGUCGAGGAAGUCCAAGCAGACGGAAACGACGACGCCCUUGUGAGCUCAACACGGGCAGGUCCUAGCAGACAGCCACAUAAUUGGAGCGACAGCGAUGACGAAAUGUCUAACAACAAUUCUACGCUGCCCUACAGUGGUCAGCAAGGCGGCUUCACGCGAAGAUCUGAGCCUGGCACGCCAUCUCCUCCUGCGCCAGAGUACGAGCCGUGGUCUCAAGGCGGCGCGAAUCGAUCUUGGGCUCGAGAGUUGGACAACGACACGUGGAGCAAUGGGCCUGCAUCGAGUCGGAACAGCUCACCCGCGUCCCCGAACGCCGACUGGGGAUCGACGCCGGCAAAGCAAGGCGACGCUAUUUCGCCGCUCGGAGAUCCCAUGUGUCAAAGCAUCACUCUUUCACACCCGCCAGAGACUGAAAGUAAUGCCAAGGCCGCCGUCGAGGAGCUGCCGCCCUAUACAGAUGACGUUGUGCUUCCUGCCGACGAAAAGCAAGCUUGA